UGUUUCUGUCCCUCCCUCUCUGCCUCUGUCCGUCGGCCAGGCUGCUGCUGCAUUCAACCUCCCCGGAACAAAACACCUGAAAGCAAACAAUGUCUGAGAAACUUCCCUUCAAAGUUGCCGACAUCAGCCUGGCUGAAUGGGGACGCAAGGCCAUCGACAUCGCCGAGAACGAGAUGCCCGGCCUCAUGAAGAUGAGGGAGAUGUACGGGCAGUCCAAGCCUCUGAAGGGCGCUCGUAUCGCCGGCUGCCUCCACAUGACCCUGCAGACCGCCGUGCUCAUCGAGACCCUCACGGCCCUCGGAGCUGAGGUGACAUUUACCAGCUGUUUAUUAGAGUACGUGUGGUGCAUCGAGCAGACCAUCUACUUCAAAGACGGCCAGCCCCUCAACAUGAUCCUGGAUGAUGGAGGAGACCUCACCAACCUGGUCCACCAGAAGUACCCUAAACUGCUGGCAGGUAUCCGUGGAGUGUCAGAGGAGACGACCACAGGAGUCCACAACCUGUACAAGAUGAUGAAGAAGGGCGACCUGAAGAUCCCCGCCAUCAACGUCAACGACUCUGUCACCAAGAGCAAGUUUGACAACCUGUACGGCUGCAGGGAGAGUCUGAUCGAUGGCAUCAAGCGAGCCACCGAUGUGAUGAUCGCUGGCAAAGUCGCCGUGGUGGCAGGUUACGGUGACGUCGGUAAGGGCUGCGUCCAGGCUCUGCGAGGCUUCGGAGCUCGUGUCAUCAUCACUGAGAUCGACCCCAUCAACGCUCUGCAGGCUGCCAUGGAGGGUUAUGAGGUUACCACCAUGGAUGAGGCUUGCAAGGAAGGAAACAUCUUUGUCACCACCACCGGCUGUGAAGACAUCAUCAUGGGACACCACUUUGAGAAGAUGAAGGACGACGCCAUCGUUUGUAACAUUGGACACUUUGACUGUGAGAUCGACGUGAACUGGCUCAACAAAAACGCUGCUCAGAAGAUCAAUGUCAAGCCUCAGGUUGAUCGCUAUCGCUUGAAGAACGGCCGUCACAUCAUCAUCCUGGCAGAGGGCAGACUGGUCAACCUGGGAUGUGCCAUGGGACACCCGUCUUUCGUCAUGAGCAACUCCUUCACCAAUCAGGUGCUGGCUCAGAUCGAGUUGUGGACGAACACCGCCAAAUAUCCUCUUGGAGUCUACUUCUUGCCCAAGAAGCUGGAUGAGCAGGUGGCAGCCGCCCACUUGGACAAACUGGGAGUGAAGCUCACCAAGCUGACAGACAAGCAGGCCAAGUACCUGGGCCUGCCCACCGAGGGGCCCUUCAAACCGGACCACUACCGCUACUGAGCCUGUGCUGCCGGCCUGGGGAAGUCAAGAAGAAGAAGGAGGAGGAGGAGGUGUGGCCAGAACGGUGUUGGUGUUUUGUUGGUGUAGCAGAGUUUGGUGGGUGGGAGCACUGGGAGAUUCACUGGGAGAUUCAAACCAGGUUGCACUCUGGGUGCCAUGUUUGGUUUUUUUUGACUGCCAAAUCUCAAUGAUUCAGGGAUACAGACAGUGUUUGUUUUUCCCCCUUAAAUAGCCUUUCAUAUCAAAUGCUAAAAGACAUUUACUUCACAAGUUGCAUCUCUGCCGAUCCAAGCGAUCAGGCUCGGCUGAAGUUUGGAACCUCGUUCUGCUAUUCUAGGGUGAACUCAAGCUGCUCACCUGCUAGCGUUAGAUGAGUCGUCGUUGACUUAGCAAACUGCAUCUACCCGAAGCUUCCAUCAGUAGCUUUAUGUAGGAGUUUGUGGACAUUCGUAGAGCGCAAAAGAUUGUUACAGCUUCCGUCUUUGUUCAGACAAGUCAACCCUGUAUUCCAUGUUCGUCUCUCAUCUCAUGUUGCUCUGACACACCAAUAUCCUCGGCCGUCUCUCCUCUUUCUCGUCGACGCUCUUCUGAACCACCAAGUGCUUCUGUGGCUGUUUAAAGACAAUUCCUCCUGUUUGUGUCAUUCCCUCUCCAUUUAUGGAAUAAAAUAAACCCUGAUACUUUUCUAUCUACACUCAUCUGUCCGUCUCGUAGCGGCUCGAGGUGGAAGGUGACAGAACAGGUUUUCCUUCUGCAUCUCGAUGAAUCGAGGCAAACGGUUUGGCGUGCAGCGGCCUUUAUUCCAGUGUACUCGCAAUAGCACUGCUCUGUGUUGGCACUUAAUAAGAACUGUACUUGAAUUUUUGUGAGGAGGCUGGAGAUGCUCAUGAAGUGCUUACUGGGUGCGUUUUGCUGCUUGUCCAGGUUGAUCGGUAGAGAGGCGCGCCGCUGCCAAAGUAACCACCAAAGCACGUUGUGUUUUUUUGCCUGAUUUCUAAGAGUCUUAUUCUUUAUGUUGCCUCAUUUUCUUCCUUUUUGCUGUGAUUAUUUAAUUUGACUUGAAGGGCCAAAACAUGUGCAACGUCCUCCCCCAUCUCCUCGAUUCUCUUCAUUGUUCGCUGCAGCCAAUCAGGCUCUUCAGAUGCUGGGCGAUGCUGAAGUGGUCCUCUCGUUUCUCAACGGUUAUAGCCUGAAGUCCAACUGCUUGUAAAUGAUGGAUUAAUGUUGAAGCUGUCAAUGGAAAAAAUAAUAAUAAUAAAAAAAAAGUCAAACA